GCUCCGAGGCCCCUCCGCGCCGCCGUCGCCAUGGCGGGGCCGGGGAGGGCGAGCCGGCGGCGGCACGCGGCGGAGGCCGGCGCGCCCCGGGUCCCCGGGUCCCCGUGCGUGCGGCGGCGGCGGCGGCCCGAGCGUCCCCGGCGGCGCCUGCCUCGGGCGGCCCGGCCCCGCGCGGGGCCCAUAAAUCACGGGGGGGCGGACAGGCCCGCGGCGCGGCAGCCGGGUCGGAGCGGCCCGCGGGGACGGCCUCUGCUCUUCCUGUUUCCUCUCCUCCCGCCGACCGGCAGCGUGACCCAGAGGCCGCAGGACGGGUCAGAGUCUGUAAACCUUGACGACUAAUUGGACGGUUUGAAGUGAACCACGCACAAGCAUCGGCAGGUGCCUCCCGGCCCCCCCGCGUGACGACGGCGGUCGUGGCCCCGCGAUGUCUGCACCCUCGGAGCGCCCGGACUGGAGUGCGCGUGGGAAGUGGGCCCAGGGUCGGUCCCCACUGUCGGGUCGCCCCCUCCACGCGGAAGCCUCCCCACAGGGAGCUCGGCGGUGCCACGUGGGGGCGCCCCCCCACUCACCGCACCCGUGGGUGCAUGCCGCCUCCACUCCUGCCUGCACCAGGCCUGCUCCCACCUGGGUGCCGACCUCACCCCAGGGUGCUGCGGCGCAGCGUCCAGUCCAGCAGGAGGUCUGCACCCCCUCCCACCUCACCCCAGGGAAGAGGGGAGCUGCCCACCUUGAGAGGGAACAGGGCAGCCCUGGGGCUCCUGCCCUCCUCCUAAGGGGGGGACACCCCCCCCCCCCCCCCCCCCCGCUGCCGACCUGCACACCUUGCUCACUCACCCUGAGGACUUGGGGAAUUUUCUUGAAUAUCUGUGUGGCUUUACCUGUGGCCACAAAGAGUUAUGACUUCUACAGCUGGAAAGAGACCUCCCACCUCACAUAAAGGAAAAAGGGACAAUGAAAAUGAGUGUAGCUAUAAAGACCAGGUUUGUUUUUUUUUUUGUUUUUUUUUUUUUAAGAUUUAUUUAUGAUAGGGAUCCCUGGGUGGCGCAGCAGUUUGGCGCCUGCCUUUGGCCCAGGGCACGAUCCUGGAGACCCGGGAUCGAAUCCCACAUCGGGCUCCUGGUGCAUGGAGCCUGCUUCUCCCUCUGCCUGUGUCUCUGCCUCUCUCUCUCUCUCUGUGGCUAUCAUAAAUAAAUAAAAAUUAAAAAAAAAUUUGAAGAAAAAAAAAAGAUUUAUGAUAGACAUAGAGAGAGGCAGAGCACAGGAGGAGGGAGAAGCAGGCUCCAUGCCAGGAGCCUGACACAGGACUCGAUCCCGGGACUCCAGGAUCAAGCCCUGGGCCAAAGGCAGGCGCUAAACCACUGAGCCACCCAGGGAUCCCCAAGGCCAGGUUUAAACAUGGGAACACAUUUGCUGUGACGACGGCAGAAACCCAAAAUGCAGUCCUGCUGCCUGCCAAGCCAAAAAUGUGCAAAACCAUGGGUGGAAGGAAAGGCAACUCCCCAGGCCAGCAGCCACGCAGGCCUUAGUUUAUUAAACAGUAUAUGGUCUUUUCAAUAAAAAAGAGAAAGCAUCACUCACUUAAAUAUAAAAAUAAACAUAACCAAAACCACA